AUGGCUCUCAGAUGGCUCCUCAGUUCUGCGUUUACUGAAGUUUUCGGCCACACCGAUGGCGGUGACUUGCACACCAAGGCAGUGGUAUCAUGCCGUAAUGAACUUAUCAAUGGAGAUUUAAAAUGCUGCAAGGAGAGGGAAAGAGGGGUUACCAGCGUCAAAACCAGCAAAGAAGAUUACCCAAAUGGCUUCCAAAUGCCGGUUCAUUAUCCUCGAUUCUCGAAGACAGAUUUCGAGAAGAUGGAAGAAUGGAGAAUCGACAUGUUGUUGAAAGAAUAUGGAUUCGGCUUUAAUGGCAGCACCGUGGAUGAGAAGAGGGCAUUUGCCAUGGGAGCUUUUCUUUGGCCUGAUCAACUUUGAUAUGUAUAAGUUUUAUUUGCUAGAUUGUGUCACGUAAUUAGUUUUCCUUUGUGAAGAAAGUCUUUGCAUAAGGGAUGCUUUUAUGCUUGAUAAUUUUGAUGUGUGCUAA